GGAAAGGUUAUUUUCACUGUUUCUCUUUACACCUUUAAACAUGUCAGUUACCACCGAGCAAAGACCUGGUGAAGCACGCAUUAAGAAUGAGUUUUUGAAAGAAAAAUGGUUUGAGGACGAUGCCGAAAACCAUGAAGCAAUGAAUGCUGUUUUCGGCGACGAAGAAGCUGAGGGUGGCAAGUUCUCUGGUGGUGGUCGCGGCAAAAAGAAUAAGAAAGUGAGAGGCGCUAACUAUGGUCAGCGCGGCAAGAAGAGAAUUCAAGACGACGUCAAACUUUGCAAAACAAUUGCUUUGGGAGGUGAAUGUAGUUUUGGAGAAACCUGUAAAUUCUCGCAUGACCUUGAAAAGUAUCUGGAAUCCAAGCCAGCCGACGUUGGUGACAAGUGCCCUCAAUUUGAAGUAUUUGGAUAUUGUCGCAAUGGAUACAAGUGCCGGUACCUGAAAGCUCAUUUGGAUGAAAAUAAGAAAUUGGUCGUUAACCAAGAACUUAAAGAUAAAGAGGUUCAACAUACCCGAAAUGGUAUCUCGCAUGAUAUACAGUUCAAGCUUUCAAAAUUCAAGUACGAAUUUACCAAGUCGAGUCCGUUCAUCGAGAAGCUUAAAAAGGAAAUCGAGGACGAAGAAACAGUGAAGGACGAGAACCGAAAGCGCAAAUUGGAUGAAGUCGAAGGUAGCGAGAACGGACCCGAUGCUGUUAAAGAACCCAAGAAAGAAGAAGAAGCAGCACAAUCUGUAGUAGCGGAGGAGAGCGCCCCAUCUGCAGCUCCAGUAGCAGGAAAAGAAGAGUCUAUCGACAUGGAUUUGCCCAAAAUUGAUAUGAAUGUUGAGCCUAAUGUUGGACCUAUUGAUGAAGAACGCCCAUAUAAAAAGUUGAUUGAUUUCAGCAACAAAACGUAUCUUGCUCCCUUGACAACGGUUGGAAACCUGCCUUUUCGCCGGAUCUGUAAAGAAUACGGUGUAGAUAUCACUUGUGGUGAAAUGGCUAUGGCUAAAAACUUGCUUCAGGGUCAACAAUCCGAAUGGGCCCUGACAAAGCGUCACGUAAGCGAAGAUAUCUUUGGUAUCCAGAUCUGUGGUAGCAAAUUCGACCAAGUCACCAAAGCAUGUGAGGUUAUCAACAACGAACUAGACGUUGAUUUUGUCGAUCUCAACAUGGGCUGUCCUAUCGAUCUUGUGUUCAACCAGGGGGCUGGAUCAGCUCUUCCUGAACAUAGAGGAAAGAUGCGCAAGGUUCUGCGCGGUAUGACCCAUGUGCUCGAUUGCCCUGUUACUGUCAAGUUCCGAACAGGUGUGAAAAAGAAUGCUUACACUGCUCAUAAGCUGCUGCCUAUCUUCGAAGGCUUGGACAUUGGACUUGGAACUCUUCACGGUCGCUCGCGCCAGCAACGAUAUACUAAAUUGGCUGACUGGGAUUACGUCAAAGACUUGAAAUCUAGAGCAACGAAAAUGCCAAUCUAUGGUAACGGCGAUGUCCUUAGUUUUGAAGAUUACAACACCCAGAAACAAAAUACCGGUGUCGAUGGUAUCAUGAUUGGCCGUGGUGCUUUGAUCAAGCCAUGGUUAUUCACCGAAAUCAAGGAACAACGCCACUGGGAUAUCUCCUCAAGAGAGCGUCUCGAAAUGUUGGAGCGUUUCUGUCGAUAUGGCUUGGAGCAUUGGGGAACGGAUAGUCAGGGUUUGAACGCUACUAGACGCUUUUUGUGUGAAUGGCAAUCGUUCUUGUACAGAUAUAUUCCCGUUGGCUUAUUAGAAGUGGUUCCUCAAAAGAUUAAUGAACGAGCACCACCAUUCUCCGGAAGAGAUGAACUCGAAACGCUCAUGGCAAGUCCAAAGUCAUCCGAUUGGGUCAAGCUCAGUGAGCUUCUUCUUGGCCCUGCUCCUGAAGACUUUACCUUUGUACCUAAGCACAAGGCCAACUCUUUUGAGGGUUAGGACGUUGUAUUAGAUAGUGAUAACCGUAAUUGAAAUAAAUGUUCUUGUAUUUUUCUCCCUUUUAA